GGCACAGCAGCGCUGCAUUGCGAUGCUCAAAAGCGCCCGCCCUCUCUCAUUCACAUGCUCAUCAUGGAGGAAUAACAGGUACCUGCUUUACAGAGAGAGGAGGACAGGCUUAUUCCUAUUCCCAGCGACAUCUUGAAACGUGGUCAGACCAUCAGCGAAUGUGAGUUAUACUGUUGUAGCAAAGCAGACAAUCGCGAUGAAGCAUUUUCUGAGGGUACUGACCCAGUUACUGGUGUUCCUGUACUGUAAGUGUUUGUGGCGGGGCCUGAAGUUUGUCAUCAGGAAGUUGACUGGACGAUGUGAGCUUCAACGCAUCUGUUACAAUAACAAACCCGGUGCUCGAAGGACGCUUAAGAUUGAAUCCUCACUCAAAUGCUCUAAACAUGAGCUUUUGCAGUCUGCCAUCAACGUUCACCCAGAUUCUGUGGAAAAGACUAUCGAUGAUAUAAUGUUCCUGAAAAAGAUCAACCCUGACACAAACCCACAGCUUGGCAUCUCUCUCCAGGCUUGCCUGCUCCAGAUUGUGGGUUACCGAAACCUAGUAGUGGAGGUGGAGAAGCUGCGUAGAGAGCCGUAUGACUGUGAAAACCCAGCACAUGAGGAGAUGCUCAUGAAGUUGUGGAAGGAACUUCGUCCUGAUUCUCCUCUCUCUGGACGCAUCUCAAAGCAAUGGUGUGAGAUUGGUUUCCAAGGAAACGACCCCAAGACUGAUUUCAGGGGCAUGGGUCUCCUGGGCUUGCACAACCUACUGUAUUUUGCAGAGCAUGACAAAGCCACCGCUCUCCAAGUUCUUCAUGACUCCCUGCAGCCCAAACACAGGAACGUUUCCAAAGAGGAAGCCAGCAAGAUGAGCAAAGCUGAGUGGGACAAGAAGACAUUUGACAAAGCAAUUGGAUACUCCUUUGCCAUAGUUGGCAUAAACAUCACAGACCUGGCAUAUUCCCUGCUGGUGAGCGGGGCUCUGAAUACUCAUCUGUACAAUGUGGCACCAGAGAUGCCAAGUCUAGUGCACUUCCAACAGACCUUCUGUUAUCUGAUGCAGGAGUUCCACAGGUUCUGGACCGAGGAAGAUCCAUGUGACAUCAUGGAGUUCAAUCGCGUGCGCACCAAGUUCCACAAGCGCGUCCUGAAGCAGCUGAAGAACCCUGACAUGGCACUGUGUCCUCACUUCACUGCCUCUGACCUUCACCUGGUCAACCUGUAGCUUCUCAUUCACCUCAACUCUCAUGACCUUUCACCUUCUCAUCCUUAAAGCCCACGUCUCAUUACUGCCAACUGCUUAGCCGGUCUCUUUCUCACACAUUCUCACACCAAUGUCUCCUUCAGCCCAUGCGACCAGACGUUACUGAAGAUCACCAGCACUGCUGAGGACCAUGAUGAUUGUACGUGCGCAUGGCAACAGUGCACCACCUUACAGCUUUCACACUGAUUGUGAUAUUUACAGCUAUCUGAAUGUGGAUGGGAGAGAGAUCUCUCCCGAUAGGACAAAGCUCCCUAUCCACCAGUAGGUAGAGCUGUUGGUACGUAUUGGGUAAGACACUGAGCUUCAGGUGCGCGAGAGUUUCGACCCACAUCCACCGCAGUAGGCUGCACUGAUACCAGGCUCACUUAGAAACAGGUGGCCAGUGUUUGUAUACGCUAUCAUACACUUUCAGAGCUGUUAUAUUAAAGAUAACCUUUGUUUAAUUACUGUAAAUCUUUUAAAGGAAUAUUCAAGAUUCAGUACAAGUUAAACUCAAUCAAUCAGCACUUUUGGUAUAUUGUUGAUUGCGACAAAAAUAUUCUUAAAAAAUAAAAAACAUCUGGCUUACAAUGACAUUUACAAUGGAAGUGAAUGGGGCCAAUUUGUAAAUAUUAAAAUAAUGUAGCCAUAAGAAAAUGUAUAAUUUUAGUGUGAAAAAAUACUAACCUUUUCUGUUAGUUAGGUAUUUACACUUUUAUAACAUUAUUGGCAUGACAACCCUAAAACAAUUGUAUAUACGAUGAUUUAAACAGAUUGACAGCUCAAAUAAUACAUACAUUUUAUCAGAAUAAUUCAUGUAAGUGCUUUUAUGAUAUUAUAAGCGUCAAUUGUCUGCUUUUAAAUACUUUAAAAUGGGCCUCAUUCAUAACCACUGUAGGUGGCUCACUGUUAGCCAGAUUUUAUUAUUAUUAUUAAAAAUUCAUUUUUGUGGUAAUCAACAUUAUCCCACAGAUGUUGUUUAACUUGCAUUGAACCCAGAACAAUCCUUAAAGUGGAAAUGAUUUCAGCUUGCUGUAUUUACAGAUGAUCAUUCAUAACCAUUUUUGUCACUCUCAUAUUCUGAAUCUCAUUCUUCUAUCACAUACGUACAGUACAGUAGAUUACAUGUUGCCAAGAAGCAGAGCUUAAAAUCAAAUAUUCACUUGCCAAAUAUGGUAGGAUAAUGUGUGUUUUGUGAAUGUUAUCAUGCAGAGCACAUGAUUGUUUUACAAAUGUAUUAGUGUUAAUGUAAACAAAAAAAUAUGGAAUGUUCCAUUUUUCUGUUCUAGCACCAAAGCAAUAAGUGACGUUUAGAACAGUUAGUAGAACAGUCUUGUUUUCUUUUGCACAAGUGGUGCCUCUAUUGUAUUCUUAAGACACUAAUUAGCAUAAUUAAUGUAUAACUCUGAAGUUUUGCCCUCAGUGUGAGUAAUUCAGGCUUUCUUUGGACUCUUUUCUUUAACUUUUACAGCUGUGUCACUUCACAAAUGCAUGUUGCUAUUUUGUUUAAGUUUGUCCAUUAACCCUUUAACACGAUGGACGGUCACAGGGUUUGCAUGAUUUCGUUUUUGCCUGCAACAAAUUGUGUUAUCAGAAUGUCACUUAAUUUCAAUGUUGUUAAUCGGUGCAAUGAAUGUCUAUGCUAUUGGCAGUGUUAAGCAGCUUCUUUUUAAUAGCUAUUGGUUGAACUGUGUUUCCACAUGAUUUUUAAAUGUGUAAAAAGUGUCAUAUUUCUCAUUGCAGCACUUUUACAGAUGAGACAGAAGCACUUGCUGUACAUAAAGCCUUAGAGGUGGAAUACAUGGAAACAUUAUUAAAGCUCAUCAUUAUGCAUGGCUGAAUGUU